GCGGGACGCUGCGCCAGCAUGAAGCCUCUCCGGGCAGCUGCUGCUCCUGGUUUUAAAGAAUAAGCCCUGGUCCUCCUGCAAGCGCUUCAUCCGCCAACUGGACCUAAGUAGAUGCAAGACCGAAACAAAAUCUUGGCCCUGCAGAAUGUCCAAGAUCAGGCGGAAGGUAACAGUUGAGAAUUCAAAAACCAUAUCUGACAGCAGCAGCAGCACCAGCACCACGACCAGCAGCACCACCAACCCAACCACCCCCUCUCGGAGACCCAGCGUGUUCGAAAGACUCGGCCCCAGCACUGGGAGUAAUGCUGCUGAUAGUCACUGUAGAAAUUGGCUGAAGACUGGUAACUGCAGUUACGGCAGCACUUGUCGCUACACACAUGGAACUCAGCCGCGGGGCAAAGGAUUCAGCUUUAGCCGGUCAACAGAGAGACCCACAGGUGAUCUGCGGGAGAGGAUGAAGAAUAAAAGACAGGAUGUUGACCCGGAAAACCUGAAGCGUGACCUAGAUGAGCCCACAUCCCCCACAGUAAGACAGAGAGAUUCCUCCAGAGGCCGACACAGGGAGAAAGAGGAUAUAAAGAUAACAAAGGAACGCACGCCAGCUAGCGAAGAAGAGCCUACAGAGUGGGAAGCCAAUCGAGAAGAUUCUGACAUCGGUGAUUACGACUACGAAUUGUCCCUGGAGAUGAAGCGCCAGAAGAUUCAACGAGAACUCUUGAAGCUGGAGCAGGAGAACAUGGAAAAGAGAGACGACAUUGUCAUUAAGAAAGAUGAGACUCCCACGAAAACCAGGGCCAUGGCCUUGCCUAAGGAAAGAAACCAGACUUCCCCCGAGGUCCUGAGCUGCAAAGAUUCACCAUCGUCCAGAAAGUCCAGCAGCUCUCCAAAACCCAAAAGUGCAACCAAAGGUGCAGGGAAGAAGGAGAAGAAAGCCUUAUUGUCUUUAGCUGUCUCAGAAACGGCCAGAUCAUCAAAAGGAAGCCACAGUAAGAAGAAAGGGCCACGUACACCCAGUCCUCCUCCCCCUGUCCCCCUGGACCUACCUGUGGUUGGGAAGAAACACAAAGGCAAGCAUAAAAACAAGGAGAAGAACAUAGAGGAGAAGCAGAAGGAGGGGAAGGAUCGUGGCCGGGACACUGAAAAACAUAAAGAGAAGAAGGAAAAACGCAGGGAUCGAUCUGACAGCUCCAACAAGGCCAAGCGAGCCAUGAUGUCAGACAAGCGUUCUGGAAGUGUGUCAUCUCCCUCCAGGGACGAUUCACCCUCAACCAGGAAGAAAUCCAUCUCUCCUAAAGUUUUAUCCCAUAAGGCUGCUGCUCUUGCAUCCCCUCCACACAGGUCUCCUUCCCCUCCGCGUCACCAGCGAAGUCCCACUCCUACCCGGCACGACUCCCCUUCCUCCAACUCGGGUUCUUCUGCCCAGCAGCACUCUCCUUCCCCUCGGCGGCGCCGCUCCUCUUCUCCUCCCUACCACCGAAGUAGCACGGCGCAAGCCUCCACCUCUUCUCCUCCGAGCUCCCGGCGCUCGCGCUCGCCUCCGGCCUCCCACGACACUUCCUCGCCCCACCGGCGUUCCGACAGAUCCAGCCCCAGCCGGCGACACUCGAGGGGCCGGGAGAGGAGUCGCGGCGAGAGAGAAAGGAGUCCGCCUGCCCAGGAGCGCAGGCACGAGCGCAGAGAUGACAGCCGCAGCAAACGAGACAAAGAUGGCCGCGACGACCGAGAUUACAGCUCUGAACUGGUCUCCUCCCGGGAUUCCCGGGAUGACAGGGAGCUCAGAGAGGCUCGGGAACGACGCGACACCCGCGAUCGAGGGCGGGAAACUGCCCGGGACUCUCGGGAUAACCGAGACAGCAGGGACGCCAAGGACUCGAGAGACGGCAGGGCGGAUGCUCGCUCCAGUCGGGAGUCCUUGGAACGCCGGGACCGUGAACGGGAGCGGGAGCGGGACCGCGAGAAAGAGAGGGAGCGGGAAAAGGAGAGGGAGAGAGAGAGGAGUGACGCCUACAGGAAGGACGAUCCGCCUCAGGACGACAGGAUUUAUGGGAAAGGUCAUGGACGGGACGAUGGAGGCAGAGCUGAAGGAAGGACGGAGAGCAGGACAGACAGGAAUGGACGGGGAAGAGGACGUGUGAACGAAGUACCUGAAAAAGGCUCAAACAGAAACACACGCAGCUCACAACUGGACAGCAAUUACGAUAACUGGGAGUCACGAAGCAGUGGCGUACGCGAGCGAAGCGUGGAGAGGAGCACAGAGCGCAGCGCCACCGAGAGAAGCUCUGAGCGGGGGUCAGAUCGAGAUCGCUACGAGACGGACAGAAGGGAUCAGGCCAGAGACUCUUCCUACGACCGGAGGGGAGGACACGGGGAGAGGGAUCGCAGAGACAACCGGGAACGAGACCAAAGGGCGCCUUCUCCAACACGAUACCAGGGACGGUCCGAGGAGUCUGAGAGGGACGACAGGCGGGACGAGCGCAGGACAGAUCGAGGAGAGGACAGACGAGAUGACAGGGCUCGCGACCGGGAGCGGGAGCGGGAAAGGGAGAGGGAGAGGGAGCGGGAGAGAGAGAAGGAAAAGGAGAGGGAGCGGGAGCGCGAGAGAGACAGGGAGAGGGAGAAGGAAAAGGAGCGGGAGAAAGAGAGGGAGGCGGAGCGGGAGCGGGCCAGGGAGAGGGAGAGAGAGCGGGAACGGGAGAGGGAGAGAGAGCGAGACCGGGAGGAGCGGGAGAGGGAGAGGGAGAGGAAGGAGCGGGAGAGAGAGCGAGAGCAAAGGGAGAGAGAGAGGCAGCGCGAAUGGGAGGAGCGAGAGAGAGGGAGGGAGGAUAGGCGAGAGAGGAGAGAGGACGCCAGGGACGACCGGCCUGUUCGAGACACCCGCGAUGAUCGCAAGAUGAGUCGCAAGAGACCCAGGGUGGAGAGCAGCCCAAGCCCCCGACCCUCGCCGAAGCGAGCGACGCGGGACUUCAGCCCGGCAGACAGCGAUGGCUACAAUAGCGCCGAGGACAAAAGUGAGCGCCCUAUUGGCCGAGGGCCGGCCAAGCUCCACCCACAGCCCCUUCUCCCCAGCCCAGUGUGUCCGCCUCCAUCUGACAAUGGGGACAAGCAUCGACUGCUAAGCCAGGUGGUGAGGCCCCAGGAUCGCCUGUCACGGUCCCCACCAAGAACUGCGCCCGACGAGAAGGCCGCUCACUGGAAGGAGGAGGAGCGCCGGGUCCCCGGGGAGAAGAGAGAAGCACGCAGCCGCCACGACGAACUGGAGCCCCGCGCAGAGCGAAGCAGGGGAGCCGAGAGACGAGGAGAUUACCUCUCCGACACGCCCUCCGACUCUCGCAGCAGAGGCAGAGACCAGCGGGAGUCCACACCACCACCACCACCACCACCACCGCCUCCUCCGUCUGCCGCCGCCACCGCCGCCGCCAGUGAAGACCGAGACACCGCCGGUUCCCAGUCCCACGAGGAGGGCAAAAAGAAGACCAAGUCUGCGAGGAAGGGCUUGAAGAAGGUUCGCAAGGAUGAGGCGACCGUUGCUGUUAAUAGUCUGGCUGCUGCAGGGGAUCGCUUCAACCCCGAGCCCCCAGCAGGCGUCUCUGCAGACGUGCCUCCACUUUUACUCUCUCCGAGGAAAGGAGUCAAGAAGAAGGCACUCGAACGAAAGAGGAAACGCUCUCGAGGAGGAGAGUCGGACAUGUCCGAAGAGGAGACUUCAACAGUUCAGCCUCAUAGUAAGAGGAAGAGAGGCCCUCGGACUCCGCCAUCCACCAUGAGGCCUGAUCACCGGGCGCCUGGAGCAAAUGCAGAGCCCUCGCCGCUCUCCAAAAUGGACACUUUCAGUGACUGGUCAGAUGAGGAUGUGACGGACCGAGGAGGUCCGGUAGAAAAACAACCCCCCCAGCCCCUUGCUGAGAGGGUUCCAGCAGAAUCUCAGAGGCGGGGUGGCGGCCCCAGGGUGGGCAGGGAAAGGGAGAGGUGUAAUCCACCACCCAUAGCUCCUCUACUUUCCCAGGAGCCUCCAAUCCUGCUACAGACUAUGACGCCGCAGCCUCUGAUGUCGCAGCCUCUGCUCCGCAAACCCCCGCCGGAGCAGGCCCGCAGCAGCAGCCUGGGCAGCAACCAGAGCCGGGCAUCUUCCCGGCGCCUGCGCUCGCCCUCCAAUGAGUCAGCGCACCGAGAGGAUCCCCAGGGUCUCCGCUCACGCCGGGGCAGACUGCAGGGCACCAACUCCCGUGACCGAGAGAGGGAAAGGGAGCGCGAGAGGGAGCGCGAGCGGCCGGUGGUGAACGAUCCUCCGGGGGCGGAGAGGAAAUCCCGGAUUGACCAGUUGAGGCGAGGAGAGCCCAGCCGCAGCACCUCAUCAGAUCGGCAGGAUUCGCGCAGCCACAGCUCCCGGCGCAGCUCCCCAGAUUCUGAGAGGCAGGCCAGGUCCACGUCCCGCGCCGGGUCCUACGACAGCCGAGAACGGGAGAGGGACAGGGUUGAGCCGUUUGAGCGGGACAGGGAGCGAGAGCGAAAGGACCUCCGACCUCAGCAGCAGCAGCAGCCGCCGCUGCUCCUCCAGCAGCCCCUUCAGCAGCAGAGAGACUGGGAACCAGAACCCCGGGACUGGUCCGGCCGAGGACGGGAGCCUCUGCUGAUCCGUCCCAGUCGGGAACCUCUGCUGAGGGAGAGGGACAUCAGGGACCGGGAACGCCUGCUCCCCGAAGGACUCAUCCCACAGCACGAGCGGGACCGAGACGGCAGAGGGGAAAGAGGCGGCGAUCGAGAGAGGGACAGGAUGAUGAUGAUGGACCUGGUGCCACAUGGAGACCCUAGAGCUCCGGGACGAGGGGACAUACGGGGAGACGUAAGAGGAGACGUAAGAGGAGACAUCAUCCGGCAGGAGAGGGGGGAAUAUGAGCCUCUGCUGCCAAGAGAAGCCUUCAGUCCUCUAGAGCCUGACAAACCCAACAACAGCCACCAUCUCACGGGGGAUCAGCGCGAGCUGGAGAAGACAGACAGCAUUGACGGAGAUGACGAUGGAAAAGAAGACGACCAGUCAAUCGCAUCUGUUGGGGAGGAGUACGAACCCAUCAGCGAUGACGAGCUGGAUGUGAUACUUGCUGACAGCCAGAAAAAAGAGGAUCAGCCAGAGGAGGAAAAAAAUACAGGUCCUCUGGAUGUGAUCGAUGUGGACUGGUCGAGCCUGAUGCCCAAACACAAACAGGAGCCCAGAGCAGCGAAGGCAGCCUUGCUCCGCUUCACCCCGGGGGCCGUGCUCCUGCGGGCGGGCAUCUCCAAGCGGCUCGCUGGUCCCGAACUCUUGCAGAAAGUGAAGGAAGUGUGCAAGUCUGAGCUGGACGAUCCCAAAGAUGUUGACAAGCUCUUUGAGCACGACCUGGGGGCCCUGAACAUGGCGGCCCUGAACAGGAAAGUGGAAAGGGCUGGCUUACUGAGCAACCUGGGGCCCUGCUGCAAGGCCCUGUGUGCUCGCAGGGACUUCGCCAUCCGCCGGCAGCUAUUAAAAAAUGAAAAGGGUCUAACCAAGCAGUACCCCACUACACCCGUGGUAGACAAUGACCUGCUGCAGAUGAGCAUCCGUCUCUUCAAAAGGACCAUAGCUGGCCCGAGCUCGGCCCCAGAGAGGUCGGAUAGUGGCUCGGCACCAGCAGCCGCAGCAGAAGCUGCUGAAACCGGUAGUAGUAAUAAGCUAACUACAGCACAGUCGGAGGUUUGUGUGUCAUGAAACACGUGAAGGUUACUGCUUAUAAGCCUUUUACGUCAUGUCAGCCCAAACUUUGUUUCUCUGUGUCCCUUUUUCUUUAAAUACAGCCGUUUAGUCACCAGAGGGGAAUAAAGAAAAAACUGCAAAAUUUGUGAUUCUUAGUUACGCUUUACAUGUUUUUGGGGAUAUCUGCAAAUGCUGUUCCAUAGACUACCGGACCGUCUAGUCUAUGGAGGUGUGUAACCUUGUAUGAAUCACAUGAAAUGCACCUCAAGUUACUUUUGUGGUUGUUUUUUUUUUGUUGUUUUUUUUUGCAUUAUAGAAUUUUAGAGCAGAUUUUUAAUUGUCAAUUUCAUCUACCUAACCAAGCUCAAAUUGCUGGUUUGUUUUUGUAUGUUGUGCAUUGGUUAUUACAACUGUGCAUUAAAAUGGCUAGAUGUCGAUUUUUGUGACGGCUCUUUUGCUUUGUAUCAAAUGACUGUUCGGCUUUCAAACAAUGUGACACUUGUUAUAACUGCAGUGUUUGUUUACACUAAACAACGUGAUAUCUUCAAAGCACAUCCACGGCACUGGCUGGGGAGUAUCUUGACAAACACCGUUGAGACAUCCUGAAGGGACUUGAACGAACAUUUCUCAAGAAUAAGCACUGCCAAACUAUUCCUUAAGUGAAUGUAAUUUGUUACAAAUGUCAGUCUGUGGAAAGAUUGUUUUGUGGCUGGUGUAUUUUUGUGUUUUGAAUGGUUUGGCAAUGUCUCCCCACCAUGAACUGAAGAGAAGUGCAGAGCAUCAGAACACUGCUGCGUGGAGUUUCUGUCCUCUCUAGCCCACAUUGUCCAAAAAGGAGCCAAAAUUGAAAAAGAUAAGUGCGCUCCUUAGAGGAAAAAUGAUUCUGAACUUCACACUACUGUAGGUGUUUCGCCGAUGGAUAUGGAUAAAGCGCACAUCUAGGAUGUGGUUCUGUCACCACCUGUAGUUCAUUGUGAGACAUUUAAACAAUUCUGGUCUGUAAGUGCUGGGACUCAACACUGAUGGACAGACCACAUUAGAGGAAAAUCCUUUUAUCAUAAAUCCCUGGAUUAUUCCACAUGAAGCCCAGCAUCCGACUGUAACGUAAGAUCUAAAACCUUAAAGACAUGGAGAGAUUGGGCUCUGAUGAAGCCAACUCUCAAGUUGUGACCCCAGGUAUCAAGUGAUACAAUAUUUCUUUUUGUAAUAAUUAUUUUAUUUUUAUUUUUUUAAUUUUUCACAAUCAGUUUCACAUGUACAAGUAAUGAUAUCUGGUUCAAAGCUGUAUUUUUCUACUGUAAAAUAAACAAUGCCGUUCUUAAA